AUCAAAUAAAUUCUCUCGCCGAAUAAUCCGAAUAGAGGAAGAAUAAAGGUCAGCUGUAGAAAAUGUGCAUAAAAACCUGCGACGACAUCAAAUUCGGUGACAAUAGCGACGGAGGCCAUGAAGGUGGAAAGAAUCACGUCAUCCGCACAUCCAAUUCGGCCAUCGAGCACUUCCAACUCAAACUGCAGUUGCAAGCAAAGUUAAACAAACAAAAGCACAAGGGCUCCAAAUUGCCCAACUUUAAGAUCCUCAUGUGUUGUUGCUACUUCAUUAUCAUAGUCCUGAUGAUAUGAAAACAGCUAAGAAAAACUACCAUCCAAUGAAACUCGAAUUCCAACCGAAAAAUGCUUCACUUUUAUAGAUAAAUAAAAGCACUCUAAAACCACAAAGCGCACCACAAACUAAAUUAAAUUCAACUAAACUCGCAAGCAAGUUCCCAUUCGAUUGGUGUCUAUAAUAUAAACCAUCAGUUGUUUACCUACGUGUGUUACUACAAAUCAAACGAAUUAAAUAUAUGUGUCUAGUUUAUUACAAAUAGUUAAAUAUUUUCAAAUCUAGCUUAAAGAGUGAAGAUGAGCUAAAGUUUUUGUGUCUGUGCUAAGUGAAAUUGUUUAACCAUAACCAUUGAAAAGUAUAUGUUUAACUGAAAAGCAUUCAAUAAUUCAAAUAAUCUGUAGCGGCUAUAAUAACACCAUUAUUCGGCUAUGAAAUCGGCGAAUGGAUCCAGCAAGUGGCAUAAUUUAUGAAAAUGAUACCGAUGUGAACCAUCGACAGCACGGUCCCAUAUCAUUUUGCACACAGGCAUAGGCACAAAGAAUCGGGCGGCGCAAAAUGCUGCGCUUUCUCAAGAACCGUUAGACCCGGCGUCCUCAGCCCAGGCACCUAUAUCGUACCGCCCAUCUAUCUAUAUGUAUAUGCUUAGCUGUAUCCGUAUCCGUAUCCGUAUCCGU